AUGGAUAGGCUAGUUAAGAGGUUUUCGGAAAUCAACGAGAUACCGAGCGAACAGCCGUUAACAAGGGACGAGCAGGCACCUAUGGAAUGGUAUCAGCAGACGACCAGGAGGGACGAGUCUGGCAGAUACAUUGUUCGGCUCCCGUUUAAGCAAAAUGCGGACCGCGGAAAAACCGUGUGCAACUCGCAGCAAAAGGCGUAUAUUCGAUUCUCGCAAUUGGAAAAGCAAUUGAACAACGACGAUGACUUAAGGAACCAAUAUGUAGCAUUCAUGGAGGAAUACCUUGAGCUAGGCCACAUGGUGGAAGUGCCAGUCGCAGAUAAGUUUGCAAAACAGACAUAUUACUUGCCUCACCAUGCCGUAGGCAAGGAUGACAGUACCACCACGAAGCUUCGAGUCGUUUUCAAUGCGUCUCAAGCAACACCGACAGGCAAGUCACUUAACGAUAUCUUGCUCGUCGCUCCCAACAUACAGAAUAGCAUCACUCGUGUAUUGAUGAGAUGGAGAACGCAUCGAUACGUGAUAGCAGCUGACAUCGAGAAGAUGUACCGACAGAUAAGUAUGCAUCCUCAGGAUCAGGACUAUCAACGAAUCCUGUGGCGAAGUCAUCCAUCCGAACCGAUUAAACAUUUUAAGUUAACAACAGUUACAUAUGGCACGGCCAGCGCCCCGUACUUAGCGAUGCGCACUUAG